AUGGAGGAGGGGUUCCGAUCCACCGGAGAGGCAGCCGAGGAAAAGGUGGAGACACAGGCGAUCAAGUCCAGUAGCAGCAGCUUGGUGGCGGGGAUCGAGAUGGACAGGGUGCUCGAGCACUCUGUGCGAGGAAAAGAGAAGCUGGGGGGGGGGGGGGGGGGGGGGGGGGUGAGGGGGGUCAGUAAGCAGCGGCUCGGCGGCGUUGAUACUAGAGGAGAAGAUGCCGGAACACUCUGGGGCAGCAAACGGCGAGCUCAAGGAUACGGGUCCAAGCUGUCCUUGAGAUCCAAGAAGGGCAACUGUAGCAGUUGGGUGGUAGAGAUGGAGAAGCUGCUCGAGGACACAAGCCCAUCGGUGGAGAUGGCGCGGUGGAAUCAGCGCUACAUCUAUCGGGUGCCGGAGUGUAAAAAGAAGGUGACCAAUAGAGAUGCCUACCAGCCGCAGUUCGUAUCGCUGGGCCCCUUGCACCAUGGCAAGCCCCAUCUCCUGCCCAUGGAGGAGCACAAGAGGCGGGCGGUGCUGCACGUGGUUAAGAUGGCUGGGAAGCCUCUAACGGAGUUCGUCGUAGCAAUCGAGAAAGUGGCGGAUGAGCACGAGGCCGCCUAUGAUGACCUUGAUGAUAAAUGGCGUGGAGUGAACAGGGGUAGCUUCGUGCAGAUGAUGUUCACGGAUGGAUGCUUCCUAUUUGAGCUGAUGAGGAUACAGCUAAGUCUAUUCGAGGAUGGGGGAGUAGAUCAUACUGGUUACGCAGCCAAAGACCCCGUCUUCAGUAGGAGCAGCUUUCUUAAUUUGUGGCCAAUAAUGAAGAACGACAUGAUCGCGAUGGAAAACCAAAUACCUCUAUUGGUUCUGCAGAGGAUCGCAUUUUGGAGUGACACACCACCGGUUGGAGGCUUGGAGAACAGGUGGAUCGUGGACUCCGGUUGUUCGCGCCACAUGAGCACCUAG